AUGGGGAUGAAAAGCCGUUCAAGAUUUAUACUCCUCUUAAUUGCCAUCACCUUGAUAUCGGUUUCUUCUGAUAUCUCCGACGACGAAUACACUCCCGGACCGGUGACAUACAAUGCUAGGUCGCUCGUUGUUGGCAAGAACCCGUUACUUAUAUUUUCGGGUUCUAUUCAUUAUCCCCGAAGCACCCCUGAUAUGUGGCCGGACAUCUUAAAGAAGGCGAAAGAUGGUGGAUUAAAUACAGUCGAAACUUAUGUUUUUUGGAACAUUCAUGAACCCGUUCAAGGCCAGUAUAAUUUUACAGGGAACUAUGAUUUGGUGAAAUUCAUCAAAUUGAUUGGUGAAAAUAAAAUGUAUACAGUCCUAAGACUUGGACCCUUUAUCCAGGCAGAAUGGAAUCUUGGAGGACUUCCGUUCUGGUUGAGAGACAUCCCAGACAUCAUAUUCCGUUCGUAUAACGAACCAUAUAUGGUUCAUAUGAAGAAAUACACCGAAGUGAUAGUAAAUAUGAUGAAGAACGAGAGGUUAUUUGCACCUCAAGGAGGCCCAAUCAUUCUCGCACAGAUUGAGAACGAGUACAAUCAUGUUCAAGAAUCAUAUAGAGAAAAAGGUAUUCAGUACGUCAAGUGGGCAGCAGAUAUGGCAACCGAACUGUAUCCUGAAAUCCCGUGGAUAAUGUGCAAGCAAAAGGAUGCCCCUCCCAACGUGAUAAGUACAUGCAAUGGAAGGCAUUGUGCAGAUACCUUUUCAGGCCCAAAUGGCCCAGAUAAGCCUGCUUUAUGGACAGAAAAUUGGACUGCUCAAUAUCGCGUUUUCGGAGAUCCACCGUCACAAAGAUCAGCAGAAGACAUCGCAUUCUCGGUUGCUCGGUUCUUCAUGAACAACGGAAGCAUGACUAAUUAUUAUAUGUAUCAUGGUGGAACCAACUUUGGACGAACAAGCUCAUCCUUUGUGACCACUCGCUACUACGAUGAAGCUCCCCUUGACGAAUUCGGUUUGAUACGAGAACCGAAAUGGAGUCAUCUCAGAGAUCUCCAUACAACUUUGAGACUGAUAAAGAAACCUUUUAUUUUGGGUAAUCGUAAUGUCCAAAAUAUUGACAAUUAUAUCCAAAUCGCUACGUAUGAGAUGGCGGGAAGCAAUGUUUGUGCAGCGUUCUUGAGCAAUCGGCACAAAAAGAUUCAUCGAACGAUUGAGUUCAGGGGAAAGAGUUAUUUCCUCCCACGACGAUCUGUUAGCAUCCUUCCUGAUUGCAAGACUGUUGUUUUUAGCACAGAACUUAUCGUAGCACAACAUAACUCGAGGACCUUCAUCCCGUCAAGAAAAGCCAACAGAUUUAAAUGGGAAAGCUACCGCGAGAUCGUUCCAACAUCUAGGGAUUUACCGGUUCAUAGUAAGUCACCCAUGGAACUCACAUCCAUGACUAAAGACACCACCGAUUACCUGUGGUACAGCACAAGCUUGCAUCUUGAUAACGAUGAUCUACCCAUGCGCUCAGAUAUCUUGCCAGUUAUUCAGAUUCAAAGUCUCGGAGAUGCAUUGCUAGCGUUUGUGAAUGGAGAAUAUAUAGGAUUCGGACAUGGAAGCAACAUUGAGAAGUCGUUUACGUUCUCCAAACCCGCGAAUUUCAAGACUGGUGCCAAUCAAAUAUCGAUCUUGGCGAUGACCGUGGGACUACCGAACAGUGGAGCGUAUAUGGAGAAGCGGUUUUCGGGUAUUCGAGCUGUUGUUAUACAAGGGAUGAGUACUGGUACUCUCGAUAUCACACUCAACGAAUGGGGGCAUAAGGUUGGCACCGAGGGAGAAAUGCUUCAGUUGUUCACAGAAGAAGGAUCCAAAAAAGUUAAAUGGGGACCCGUUAGUGGUCCAGGAACGCCUAUUACAUGGUACAAGACGUACUUUGCGACUCCUGAAGGAAAUGAGCCUGUCGCGAUCAGGAUGGAACGAAUGGGAAAGGGAGUAAUAUGGAUCAAUGGUCAUAACCUUGGUCGUUAUUGGGAAAAUUAUCGAUCACCGCUAGGAGCGGCAUCUCAAACCGAGUAUCAUAUCCCAAGAUCGUUCUUACAACCAAAGAAUAACCUUUUGGUCGUGUACGAGGAGAGUGGUGGAACCAUCAACGGUGUUAUGAUCCAUACAGUUACUCGGGACAUCAUUUGUAGUUUUAUGUACGAGGACUACCCGCCAAGCAUCGAGUCUUGGACAAUGGACAAAGACGUUCUCAAGGCUGUCGGGGAAAAGCCAAAGCCGAAAGCUCGACUUACCUGUGACCAUGAAAAAGUCAUCAAGGAAAUUCAAUUCGCGAGUUUCGGCAAUCCUUGGGGGUCGUGUGGUACGUAUAUGCAAGGAACGUGUCAAGCUCCCAACGUCAAGAAAAUAAUCGAAAAGGUUUGUUUGGGGAAGGAAAGUUGCUUAGUGCCACUUGAUCGAGCUUUUUUGGGUGACCCAAGUGGAGAUGGUUCGUGUGCCCAAGAAAAAGUAAAGAGACUAGCGAUCCAAGCGAGGUGCGCAAGGAAGAAUUAG